CGUCAAGCCAAGUCACACACACAGAACCCAUAGUUAGUACGUCAACUAUAGAGGGAAGGUCCCAUAUAUAAACUAGUCAUUACAGAGUUGUAGAAAUAGUACAUGGAAGUAAAACAGUAAAUUCUGAUGGGAUAAGCGCAUUGAACCGCCACUACACUUGAAUUGACAGCGUGCUGGAAACUAAUCACAACGGAAUAUUGUAUUCAGCACAGUAAAUGUACCGUGCACAUCGUCGUUUGGAUCAAGAGUCUGACCUGGUGUUCAACUUGCAAUAUUUAUUAAUUGCUGCAUCACAUUCGCCAUCGAGAACAUUUUUUAUAAUAUUUGGAUUUGGAUUGCAGACUUAAACUACUGCAGGCCUGUCACGAUGUACGCUUUAGCGAUUACAUACCUCGUUUGCUUUAUUCCCAUCUGUGUCGGCUCGAUCCCCACUGAUGAUGAUUAUUCUUCAAGUUCGUUUGAUUACGAAAGUAGUGCAGACUAUGUGCCACUACUUCCCAUGGAGGUUUUUGCAUUAAAUGACAAGAACGGAAAUGGAUUUAUAACACCGAAGGAGUAUAGGAAGGCCAACCCAGGCACGACAGACAUCGAAUCCAAACUCAUCUUCGACAGUUUCGAUCGGGAUAAAGAUGGGAGAAUUUCACUGACUGAGUUUACAGCACGAGUUCAGCACAGUGAACCCGACCUUCAAGAAGAUUGUUUGACUACAAUUAUGCGAACCUGCAGCAAGGAGUUCAUACAUGCUGUACAGAAAUGGGGCGACAAACAAGGAGAUGCUAUGUGUCAUUGUUUACCAGUGUACAGAGACUGUAUCCGAAAUGAAAGGGAAGCAUGCACUACGGUGUCACCGAAAGACCGAGAGGAAGAGGAAAUAUUAAACGACCAAGUGGAUUUGCUCUUGCGGCGCUUCAAGAAGGCACUUUGCCAAGACAUGUCAACCAAAGUGAGACCAUCAGCGACAGCUUUGAGUACCAUCAUGCCAGCAUCAUCCACAUCCAUGACAAUGCCGAGAGGCAUGAGACAAGUCAGAUCAUCAAGAACCCGGGUGUCCAGGCGUUACAGACCAAGAUCAAGGAGACAGAGCUGUAUCGUGUCAACAAUGAAGCCAUGUAAUGAUGUAUUCAUUGCCUCACUACAAGCAGAGGAAGAAGACCCUUGUCAUAGUCUUGUCAAGUACAGGCAAUGCGUACAUAGGAGCACGAAGCGUUGUAACGACCCAAAUUUACCACACAUUCAAAGAGCCAUCAAGUUCUUGGCUAAGCAGCACAGACGAGUCAAAAUAUGCACCAAGUACAGCAUAUAGAGGGCGCUAUGUCCAAUAUAUGGCCAUACGAACGUGCUUGAUUAACUUCAAGUAUUCAGAACGAUGAUAACGAUGAUACAUACUGGAGGACGCUAUCAAUUUGUACGUGUUGACGGUCAGAGCAUGGCAUGUAAUGUAUCUUGGUUUUUAAUUCACAAGCUCGGGGUGACUCACAAUUGUCUUCAUUUCCAUUGUAAGAUCCUGGCCUUUCACCUCACAUAAGCCAAGAUUAGCGGUUUUGGUAUUGACUGCUAAGUCAACAGGCAUGAACUAAACAAUAUUGAUGGCAUUAUAAAUAUUGCUCUGUUUAAAGAGACAGGCGACCUGCGAGGCCUCCCAAGUUGACACUUUAUAUAUCCAGGGACCAUUCUGGGGGUAUUAGGGUUACAGAGCUAUCUUCACACAGGAUUCUGUACAGUCAUGCCCGGCUGCAGUGAUGUUUUUGAAUAUUAUUGUGUAGCCACGAGAUAAAAUGACUCAUUUAUUGUAUAUUAUUUAUAUUAGAAGAAGCUGUGAACCAUUCGCUAAAGCCAGCAUAUUACCCUGGAAUUACCAGUGCGUGAAAAAAGGUUGUGGGGAACCACGUGUAUUAUGUACAGCAUUUUAUUAAAUAGAAUCCCUUUUUUACUUUUAUAAUAUGUACAAAGUGUUUUUUAUACUGACAAUGUUAUAUAAUAGUUUUAACAGUGAUUUUGUUUUUGUAUGUUGUUCAUAUUGUACAAAGUCGUCAGCUGGUGUUUUGGUGACUAUUUCAUUGUGCCCUUGCCGUAAUGUCAGCGCAUUGUGCAUAUAAAUGUACAGUGUAUAGUUUGUAUAAAGAUAUAACUGAUCUAUCACUGUCGUAAUGAACCGAGAGGAAAGCACGAAUACAAAAUACUGAGAUCCAUUCUUUGUGUUUGAAAAAAAAAGUAUUCAGUCAAAUUUUGUCUAAUCAAAAGAUUACAGAGUCAGUGCAUUUUCACUUGUAAAAAGCAGAUGAGCUAAUGUUAUUUAUCAAACAUGAUUUGAUUAAUAUAAGGAUUUUCUCUAGAAUUAAUGUAAUAAGCUACGCGAUGACAGAACACUCUUUUGGAUAUUGCUUUAAAAGUAAAAAAAAAAGUUAAGUUAAUUAACCUGUUACUGACAGUUAAAUGACUCCUAAAUAAGAUCAAUAUACACUUUGUCUUAAAAAAAAAAUAACUUGAUAUCGUGGCAGUAGUGUUGGUAUAGGGGUCUAAUGACAAUGUUUAAAGAGAACAUAAAUCCAUGGAAUACCCACUACCUCAUUUUGUAGAUUUUACAAAACACGAGGAUUGUUACUUGACAAGCUUUGCAACUACCGUGUUCAGCUGAGAGAAUUUACUCCUAAAUAUUACUUUACUUUUAGAGAUUUGCCUAUAUUUGUGAACCAACCACCUGUAAAAGGUUCUUGAAUAUAACGACCACGCUAAAUGUGCAGUUUGUUAUGCAUUGAUAAAUAUUUGCCAUAAAUCAUAACUUCUGACAGUUUUUCGUUUCUAAUUUUCCUAAUUCACACGGUUGACACUAUCAAAAUAAUGUGACUUUGUAUAAGAAAUAUUCUAGGUAGGCCUAUAGCUUUUCUUCCGAAUAACGAAAAAAAUAAUGUAAACAAAGUAACAAUGUGUAAACACAGGUCUUGAUACAUACAAAACAGUUAAUCAAUUUAACAAAAUAAUUAAAUGUGCAUCUUGUAAAACAGUUUUACAUUUUUACAUUGAGUUUAAGUUUAAGUACCGGUGUGAAUAACUUUCACAAUAUGAAAUCGAGAUCUUAAAGUUUAAGAUCUCGAUUUCAUGUUGAAAAUGUUUCACACUUUAGUGUUUAUUUCGAUAGUUUUCAUAACUACCUUAUGCAUUCUGAAUUAAUUAAGAUUGUAAAACACUGCCACUGAUUAUUAGAAAACGUGUAAUGAGUUUAUAAGAGCAUUUGUAUUCAUGCCAUCAGGGUUUAUGGCAGAAAAUAACGUUAGUGAUUCGUAAAAUUGGACAACCGUUCAAUUCGAAUGUCAACAUUUUGUACACAUUGAAUGGGAUUACCCUUUAUAAGCCAUCAAGCCAAUUAUAUCCAAAAUUUGACACCUUUUGUAUCCAGUUUAACCUUUAUAUUACGGUUUGUACUGCCCACUUGUAUUUAUUUUUGCUGACCAUAUUGUAAAUUUCUGUGGCAUAUCACAGUCCAAUUUAUGCAAAGUAUUUAAAAAAAAAAGAGGCAGACUAAUUUGACAUAUCAACCUAACAUAUUUUUGCCGUUCAUUGUAUUAUUUAUUAUUUGUUCGACAAGUGAACGUAUUGAAAUUGACAACCAAUUAAUAAGUUUAUCUGAGCUUAGAGGUGCCUUGUUUAAUGUUGCUUGUUUAAUGUUGCUUAAUAAGAUGUCCAUCAUGAUGU